CUCGGGGAAUCCGAGAAAAAUAACAAAGGAGAAGGGGAAGGAAUCCUUAUUUUCAGGCUUUCCAAAUGACCCAACUGACAAAAUCUGUGAUUCUUCCUUCCUUCUCUCUCUAUCUUUCUGGCUCUGUCUCUGUGUGUGUCUGUGUGUGUGGUGGAUGGAUGAAUGAAUGAAUGAGUAGGAAAAAUGGGGAAAACUGACCGAUUCACCCAACUUGGAAUUGAAUUCUCCUUCUCUCCUUCCUUCUUCUCCCUCCAACCCCAACACCUCUUCUUCUGCAAUCUCUGACCCGAUAGUUUAGUCACAAAAUCUGCAUGUGUUAGCUUAGCUCCUUCCCCCUCCUCUGUUUUUAAUGCCCUUCGGGAGAAAAAAGAGCAUAAAAAAGCGCUCUCUCUCUCGGGUCCUUUUCAAAGCUUUCAGUUACCCCUCUCCCAUCCCAUCUCAUCAGUAUCUUCAAAUCUCUCUCUCCUUCUCUCUCUCCCUGACUCUUUCUCUCUCUAGCUCUCCUCCAUUUUAUAUAAACAAACCGAUCUUCCUCUGUUUCCUUGCUGGGGGUGCGGAAAGGCGGGUUCUUUUGGUGGUGGGUACCUGUUUCUUGAUCUUGGGUUUGGUUGGGUUGAAGCGUGGCGAGGUGAUCUUUGCCUGAUUGGAUUGCGGGGGGGUGUGUAUGGCUAUUCAGGCACAGGCUUAUCAGGACAAUCUCCUCGGGUUUCCUGUCUGUGGGAAUUCCCAGGAUUUCUUCAUGGCGAACGGCGACGGCAGCGGCGUCAAUGGGUGUGGAGGGUCGGAUUUCAAUGCCCAGCAGCUCUUGCGUAAGCAGCUCCAGCAGCAAUUCAUCAUGCAGCAGCAGCAGCAGAGGAAUCACCAGUCUCUCUAUUUGGAUAGCACGAGGGUUAGCGGCGUUGGUGACAAGAGAUUUGCUCCCGUAAUGUAUCAGCCUCAGAGUCAGAGUAUUCCGGCGCUGAUCGAUCAGCAUGAUCGAGAGAUCGAUCAGUAUCUCCGUAUGCAGAACGAGAGGUUGAGGGUGGCGCUGCAAGAGCAGAGGAAGAGGCAGAUGGCUGAGCUCUUGAAGCGGGCCGAGUCGAGGUCCCAAAUGCUGAUAGCCCAGAAGGACCAGGAGAUUGCGCAGGCCUCCCAGAAGGCGGCCGAGCUGCAGGACCUGCUGGUGAAGCUCGAGAUGGAGAGCGAGGCGUGGCGCCGGGUGGCGCAGGAGAAUGAGGCGAUGGUGUCGUCCCUCAACAACACCCUGGAUGAGCUGAGGAGGGACAGGGCGUGCUCGACAUCGGGCCCGUUGGAGUCCUGCUGUGAGGUCGGGAACCGGGGAGCAAUUCGAUCAUCGGAUGACCAAGAAGGAAUUGGGGAGAACAUCGUGCCGGCAGGGGGGGUUGCGAGGACAGGGGAGGCAGCGGCUUUGGCCUCCUGCAGGGGCUGUGGCGCCAGGGCUGCGAACGUGCUGUUUCUGCCGUGCCGGCACCUGAGCGCAUGCGGGACAUGCGCGGCGGUUCUCGACUUCUGUCCCGUAUGUAAUACGGCGAAGAAGGCUUGCAUGGAGGCCUUGAUUUGAUUUAGUAGAGACUGAAUGGGACGGUCCCGAAGGACCUUAGGCCGGGGGAAAGAAAGAAAGAACAUAGCAUCGGGUUUUCCAUUUUUUUGAUUUUCCGUUUUCCGUUGGUAGCUUCGCAGGGAAAAAGGUUUUCCUUUUGUUUUCUCUUUUGGCCUUUUCUGGAAAAAGGGGGACUGGUCUUUAGUUUCACAGAUUUUGAGCCUUCUGUACUUAAACAGUGACCAAAAUCAAUGAACAGAGUUACAGACGACAGUCUGCAGUGCAGAGCACAGCAUUAUCUUUCUC